AUGAACGUGCGAGGCGGGCUCACCGAUGAUAUUGACGGUCGCCCAUGUGAGUGUGUGCAGUCUUUUCAUAGAGCAAUGUAUGCGUCUAAUGAUAAAUUCAUGGUGAAGAGUCGCGAAUUCGUUGUUGGGAGAAUGAAGAAAAAGAUCGACAACGGAUUCGUUCUUGCCGGCCGAUCGUGCAACGUCGACUCGAUUCCUUCGGGCAAGGAUGCCGUCAGAGGAUUUGUUCAUGUCGCCGCUGGCUGGUACGCACCAAACCCAGAAGAUCCAGAGAACUCGUCCAUCUACGAAUACGUGGUUUCAAUGGAUCUCAAGGGAAUGAUAGUGAAAACCGUCGCUAACCAGGCUCUGGGAAAGAUGGUUCGUGAUGAUAUGGAGAACAAUCGGAUUUACGCCCUCAAAAUGGCUGCUCGUUGA